UGCAAAGGGCGCAUGGGACCAGGGACCUAGCUUCAGCCUUUAACGUUAAACCGUCCUGAAGCUCGCAAAGCCUUGUGCUACUUUACCUCAUCUUCUACAUACUAUUCCAGGGAGCUCUGAUAUCAGCCACGCUACCAUAUUCCCGACUCGAGCUCGCUUCCAGCCCGAAUAUUCUGAUUUAGACAAACCCACUAACAUUCAUAAGCUCCCUUUAAACAACUAUAAUCUCCAUCAUGUCGCUCGACCCCCCUCCUUACCUCGGUUCGCUCCAAAACAACAUUCGUCAGCGACCGAUUCCCUGGGAUGGCGCAGUUAGAGCAGGCACCAUCACCGAGGCCCAAUUGGCCAAGAUUAGAGCAGUCGAUAAAGUAAAAAGAGAACAACGAAAACAAGUGGUCGAAAGCGAUCUUGAUGGUUACCGGAUAUUGUUUGUUGGGAAACCGGGCACAACAGGCGUUCUCGAGUCAGCUAGCAAGCGCUCCGAUGUUGUUCAGUACAUCUUAGUCUUACUGAGCGACCUGCUCGAAAGUGUCCCGGCGCUCGCGAAAGCACUAUUUAGAGAUCCGGACCCGUAUCAACAUCUCCUACCCCUUCUUGCGCAUUCGAAUAAUUCUGAAGAUCCUAUCCCUCUACUCACCUCCACCGUCCUUACUACCCUUAUGGCCAACUCUAAAGACGAAUCCGCGUCGACGCAACACGCCUUGCCUUUAGUCCUAAGCUACCUCUGCGGUUUGGUAAAGAACUCGAAUGAUGCAGGAUUGCAAGAUAUCGCAGUCAUGGAAUACUCUUCUCUCCUAUACGGACGAUCAUCCAGACAACUCUUCUGGAAGCAAAGAAGCGAGACCGUUGCUCCUUUAAUCGAGAUUCUUCGAAAAGCCGCGGGCGUCGGCGGAGAGUCUUCCGCUAGUCUAUGGAGCGGCAACACUACGACCAGGAGCAGUGGUUUCGAGGGCAUUAGUGGUGGAGUCGGGCUGCAGCUGCUAUACCACGUCCUGCUAGUACUCUGGCAGCUAAGUUUCGAGGCGGAAGAUAUCGGUAACGACCUGGAUGACGAAUACGACAUCAUUGUUUUAUAUACUCGACUAUUACGGCUUUCGCCAAAGGAUAAGACUUCACGCCUCCUUCUAUCUACGCUGUAUAACCUUCUUGAGGCUAAUCCCUCCACGCUUCUCCCUACGGCAGUUCUAGCGAGACUUCCUGCGCUACUUGAAAACUUUAGCGGCCGACAUCUUACGGACCCGGACUUGCAGGAGGACCUGGGAAAGCUGAAGGAGAUGCUAGAAGAGUAUCAGAAGACCAAGACCACAUUCGACGAGUACGUCGCAGAGGUUCAGUCCGGGCAUCUAAGAUGGUCACCACCUCACCGCCAUCAAGUGUUCUGGGCCGAGAACGCACGAAGGAUUCUAGAGUUUGAGAACGGUGAAAUUCCACGAAAACUGGCAGAGAUCAUGUCGAAGCCAUGGGAGAACGACAAAGCGGUACUGGCAAUUGCUUGCAACGACAUCGGCUGCCUGGUCAAGGAAGUACCAGAGAAGAGAUACCAACUAGAGAAAUUAGGAUUAAAGACUCGCAUCAUGGAGCUCAUGCAGGAUUCGGACGAGAAUGUGCGAUGGGAGAGCUUACGGGCUCUCGGGGGUUGGCUCAAGUACAGCUUCGAGAGCAACUGAGCAACUGAGCAACUGAGAAACUGAGCAACCAAAUAAACUGGGUUGUGUGCGUGGAUAUGAUUAUACUCCUUACUGUAUUCUUUCGAUAGUCAUUGGUGUUGCGCCACAGGUGCGGGUGCAAAGACACGUCGUCUUACAUAGUAUAUUGGGUAGGAUAGAGACGUGAUAGGCUGAUUCGAGCUAGUCUACCGGUAGGUAGUCAACAAACUUCAAAUUUCAGAUUUUAAA